UGCCUGCAAUCCAACAUGGAGUAGAGAGAGAUGGGGCUCUAGCGGGGCCACCCCUCGGUAACAACAGCGACGACGCGCUUUUUACGCACAACUGGAACCGGAGUCGUCGGUCAAAACAUGCGCCUUAGGACUUAAAAACGGAGAGUGUGCCUUGUGUGUCCGUGUGUGUGCGUGCGUGAGUGUGUUUGGGGAGGGGGGGGAUUGGCGAAGAGGAGAGCUGGAUUCGGCUACUAAACUGUCUGUUUAGUCUACGUUACCUACUGGAGGCGAUGGGAAUUUUGAAGUUGUAGUAUAGUCAAGGGGGCAUUUGCGAUCAAGAAGAACCAGGGUGUCUCCACGGGAAGAAGAGGAGAAAGUGAGGAAAGAGAAGACUGAGUUUCAGCCAGUCGCAGGCAAGCCAAAGAGCCGACACUCGCACAAAGGCGCAGGGGGGAUUUAUGCGGAAUUGGAGACAGAAUCGGAGGAGCCGCGGUGAAAAAAUGACGAGCGAAAAGUAUGCAACCGCCGUGGUACGUUACCUGAGGUGAAACGAGAAAAUGAUAGAAGAAACACACCCAAACGAUGACAGCUACAUCGUGCGUGUGAAAGCAGUGGUGAUGACACGGGACGACUCGAGCGGCGGCUGGCUGGCACAAGACAGCGGAGCUCUGAGCAAGGUCGGCGUGUGCCGCCUUAUGCCUUCAGAGCUGGCCCCCGUGCCGGCCUCCAGCAGCUCUCAGUUUCUUAUCAGGGGUGAACGGCUGCGGGACAAGCAGGUGAUCCUGGACUGUCCGUUGAGGAAGGACAUCAGGUACAUCAAAGCAACGCCCACAUUUCACCAUUGGAUGGUGGGGGACAGAAAGUGUGGCCUGACCUUUACGAGUCCAGCUGAUGCAAGAGCAUUUUACAGAGGGGUUCAAAAAGCCAACGAGGACCUUUCUGAAGGCUCCACCACCUCCUCUACAGCACUCCAGAAUGAAGGGGAACUGGGUGAUGACGACGUCUUUACAAACACUACAGACAGCUCGUCCAACUCCUCCCAGAAACUGGAGAGCUCUCUGCAGCCGCUCGAGUCCUCCCCCCUCCCACAGAGACACAAAUUCGUGCUGACACAUCGCCAUGACCUCCAUGACCCCUGUCGGCUGUCGGACCACUACUUGCUGGACCAGCCCUCGUCCCGGCUUCCUCGUCAUGUCACUUUCUUGGAGAAUGAGGAAAUAGUGCGUAUCAACCCUCGAGAGCGUAGCUGGGAGCGAACCACAGAGCACCAUCAUGUCCGCCAUUCGGAUCGGCCCUGGCUCACGGGUUACGAGGACUACCGCCAUGCCACUGUGCGGGACAAGUUCAUCCAAAUGGACGACAACGAGUCCUACGUCCACUUUGCCAAGACAGAUGCACAGAAGCAUGACUACACCUACCCCUUGGCACCGUCCCUGUCGCCUUCAGACUCUGACCCCUCCCUUGGACCCUUAAUGGCCAUUAAGGGCCAUGGCGGCUCAUAUCGCCAAGGCUUCUCCUCUGUGGUCUCCAGCCAGCCCCGCUCCUUUCUCCCAAACUCCUCACCAUCCACCAAUGGCAGCAAGGGACGUAAGGAGGACGGGAUGGAGCGCGCUCAGUGUGAGCAUUGUGGAGAAGCCUUUUACGUCUCUGAGAACCGAAGAGGCCGGUGCCAGGAUGCGCCGGACCCUGUGCAGGUGUGCAUCCGGAGAGUCAGCUGCAUGUGGCUAGCAGACACGAUGCUCUACCACUGCAUGUCUGAUCCAGAGGGGGACUACUUGGACCCCUGCUCAUGUGACGGGGGUGAGGGCAGUGGGGGAGGUCGACUGGGCUCUCGCUGGUUAGCUCUGCUGGGCUUGUCUUUGGUGGCACCCUGCCUAUGCCUCUACCCACCUCUCCAUGCUUGCCACCGGGCGGGGCUCAGGUGCGGCUGCUGUGGGGGCCGACACAAGGCCCUGAGCUGAGCAGCUGCCCUCAGAAAUAAACCUUGGAGAGGAAACGAUGAAAAGCUAAAACCCAACGCAAGCACAGGGAAAGGGAAGGAAGGGGAAAUACACAGAGGGGACACAUGGUCACGGCUGCUCGCUCUUUUGCCUUGGUUUCUCUGGGUUUCUCUACAAAUUCCAGACACUGAAAUAAGCCAAAAAAAAAAAACAGUUGGUGCAUUUUCUGAACAGCCUGGGAAGAUAAGCUCCCCCUCACGGCAGACAGUUCUCUCCGCUCUCCACGUGGCCAUUUCAUGCUCUGUUUAUAGUGAGAGAGCACUCUUUUCAGGGGGCCUUUUUUAUAGCUGACCUAUAUGUCAUGUAUCACAUAUGCAGGUACUUUAUACUUUGUACACUGACUUGGCGUCAAAGAACUUGAAUUGUUCCUUUGUUCUAUUUUUUUCUCUCCUCUGAUGUAUGCGUGGCCGUAUUGUUUAUAUUCUCUUCCGAUAUCAGCUCGACUCCAGCGACAAAAGAAAUCAGACACUACACCUCUUUGCGUUUGAAUGUGUGAGUGUGAGUGUGCGUGUGUGCGUAUGGGAUGUACUGUAUGUGCAUGCUUACAAAGUGCGCAGAGGCCUUUUGUUGUCUUUUGUGCAGCUUCUAGAAAAGCUUGUGUAUAUAGUUUGCAUAGCUCCUACAUCAACAUCCUUUGUUCACUGAAACAAACGUGGUACUCAUCUUAAUCUAAUAUCCAAAGAUUUGUGUUUUAUCCUAUUUAUUUCCUCUCUGAACUUAUCUACCAGCAAAAGGGUGCUGGCUUGUGAUUUUCUCACUGAACGAGACGGUGCUUCAAGUCAUACUUAGAUACUCUAGCACCCGUCUCCUUGCUCCUUUCAUGUUCUUUCAAACAGUGCCUAAACUUUAGCCUAAACCAGGAACCCAUCCAGUCUUAGACCUCAGUCAGCAGUCCAUGUCAGCUCAUGCCAGGACUAAUAAAUCAAUCAGAGACACCAUUUAAAUUUAGAGCCCAUUAUGCCUUAAAAUGUCUCGUUCCAAACCCUCCCUCGUCCCUCUGAAGAUGUCCUCUGUAAUGAUAAGGCGUGAGAAGAAUUAAGCUCAGAGCAAUCAGCCUCAGCAAUUUAAAGUCAGUUCAAACUGUUUUAGUAAAAGAAGUGUCAAAACUAAGGACUUCAGUGUUCUUGCGACAUACAAUCAGCUCUGCUCUUCAAGACCCGCCUUCUAAUGGAGCACACCAGUCACAUAUGUGGAACAGAAAAAAACAGCUUUAAAGAAACUGGUCUAUAAACUAAAUUUUGAAUAUUUUCCAUUCUAUGCUCAAAAAAAUAUAAAUUCAUAGAAACAGGCGUCCUUUGGGAAAUUAAUAUGGAACAUUCACUUUUUGUAUUUUUUUUGUGAAUAAGGCAAAAAUGAAUAAACUUUGUAGUGUUCAAUGUCAUCACAGUAACACAUAAUGUUUCAACAUGCAUUCAUGAAAUAUAUGCCUUCAUUUUGGAGUUUAAAAGGAAUAAUCUGACAUUUGCCAAAUGAUAGAACCUCUGGUGGUUAGCCUAGCAUAGCAAAGACAACCUUGGUGUGUUAGGAUUUAUGAAAUCUAUGUACCAGCACCUCUAAACCUCAUUGACAAAUCAUGUAACAUAUAGUUUGUGUUGUCUGAGUGCAACACCAAAUUGUUAAAAUUAAAGUUCUAGUUGUACAUGAGGAUAUAUGCUGGAUGGGUACAGUUACUUCUUGGACCCUCUGACAGGUUCUGGCUGCAUGUCUAGGACAGCCACUCAGACCAUUCAUCUGAGAUGCCGUAUAUCUCAGAAUGGACAUCCCAUAAUUUUCUGUAACAACUUAUUUUCAGUUUUAGCUGUUUUUUUUUUUUUCAAAUUCAACAUUAUUCAUGAACAAAGUCUGGCAGUUACAUUCAAGAAAUAACCACAUUGCAAACAUCACAGACUAAGCAACACUUCAUGAAUGAAACUGAAAAAACAUGUAAGAGGUCUAAUCUGAGAUUGAAUUAUGUACAGACCCAUUUUAGAAAUAGUACAGAAUGAAGGUGUUGCUUAAACUUGACUAACUUUAGCUAAAGCUAACAUAGCUAUGCUAGCUUGGUAAUUAACAUUACUACAGAAGUUAACUUUAGCAACAUGAGCUUUAGCAAAUGCAGUUUAAGCUAACAUUGCUCUGUAGAUAACGUACCUACUCAGCUUACAUACCCUCUUUGGGAUCUUAGCUUUAGCCACGUAGCUUUAUCUAUAGUUAAGGUAGCUUUGGCAACGUGAGCUUUGAAACAUAGCUUAAGCUAAUUAACUACACAAUGUAAAUAAUGUAGCUGCUUUGUGACACUAGCUUGAGCUAUGUAACUCUGUUAUCCAGCUAGUUUACCCUUGAACAUUUUUAUGGGGGACGAGCUAUUUUCCUGUAAGCAGACUGUUUACUCGUCUAUAUUAAACAGUUUUGUAUUCAGGUUUUGCAGGUCGGGUUUUAACUUUUGGUAUCCUAACUCUUACCUUAUCCCUUAAUGGAAGUUUAAUCCAAUUUUAUUUCUUAAGUUUUAGCACCUCAGAUGAAAGGUCUGUAAGAGUCAAAAAGGAAUGGUCUGCAGCCAGACUGGAGUUUCUACUGUUGAAUGUUGGAUGGAAAUGCAAAAUAAGAUAUACUGGCUAUGUUAAAAGCUUGCCAGGAUAUUCAUUUGGUCAGGUUAUGCUAAGCUAAGCUAAUAAUUUCUUUGCUGUGUGCCUCUCUGUAAAUUUUCUGCAAGAAACUGAGCAUUCCCCAAUAUAAAACUAUUUAUCCUAGCCUUUAAUUUUUCAGUGAAAUGGGGCAGUCAGCCUACUAUAUCCAAAAUGAUAUGUCACUGGUGUGCUCCAUUCUGCUGUUAUAUUUAUCCACCUUGCUAGAUUCCGUCCAUCAUUGCACCCUCAGAGUUUAACAUCAGAUGUUUGACAACAGCUUGACUCAACUAAGAACAGUAACAUAUUUAUUCAGGGUCAUGGUACUAAUGUACAAACUCUUGCUUUGGAGAAAAGUAAAAACACCUGUGCAAUUUGAAUGACACAGCAGCUGACUAAUCAGACCCUUUGCACUAACAGCACAAUAUGAAACUGACAACUGUGUGUGUUUUAAUUUAGAUCCUGAUUUACAGCAGUGCGAGGGUUGCAAUCAGGAACACAUUAACCUUUUAAAUAAAACAAACAGGAUUUGAGUGGGGUCCCUUUGAAAAAUGCGUGAAGUCUGAAAAACAGCUGAAAUGGUGCAGACAAACAUCCAUCCCUGAUUGUUUUGCCAAGGAAAUGUCACUUACUGUAGUUGAAAAGCAGAAUGCCUGAGGAUGUCCUUUUUCCUCCCCUGGUUGUGUCUGUUUCAUACAUCCUGUCCUGUGUUCUAGUUGUAUGUCCUUGGUGUGUGUUUUUAACCCACAUCCCUUUCCCUUCUCCUGCUCCUUGAUCCAAAGCUACAGGGAUCAGCUGAAUAUGCUAACACACAAAUCACCUAUCCAGAAUAAUCAGAUCCUUAAUGUGUCAGGGACGGGGCCAAUCAGAUAGGAACCAGCGUGUGGGUUUUUGUGUGCGUGAGUGUUUUCUUUCUCUGUCUCGUCUGGUGUUGAGUGUGUUCUCACAUGUCAGAGCCAUUUACAAGUGCCUCAACGCAUCCUCUUUAUCUCCUUGUGUAUUUAAAUCGAUAAAAAUUAAAGAAACAAACUCCCUGUAAUGAAUUAGACCCAUUUUUUACGCUUAGUAUUUUUACCUCUGUAAAAAAAAGAGCAAAAAUUAUAUUAUAUAUAUCAAGUGUAUGUUGUACAUUUUUAUUUCUAUUUUGUUUUGGUUUUUUUAAAAUUACUGUUUCUAACAUGUACGAUGGAUGUAGCUCUUGCUUUUUGAGAAGGAACAGGAAGUACUUUGUAGAUAAAGAAAAAGGGUGGCCAGGUCUGUGAGAAAACUAAAAUGAAAUGUGUGUCUUACCUUCCACCUCUAAUAAAAUGAGAGAAAACCGUGAAA